CAGAAAAUGGGAGGGAAAAAUGCAAGAUGAUCAGAAAAUAUACAUACCCUUAGAUAAUAUUAGCUUCCAUGAACUUUACGACUGGUCAAGACCAGAGGAGAAAUAUCAGUGUUUACAGAGGACGGUCCAAUUAAGACCAGGUCUGAAGAGACAGAACAGUAAAACAGGGACCCUUGUAUCAUGUAACGAACAGCAGAUUGCCAUCUUUAGGUACCAUAACAAGGUGUAUGCCAUCAAGGAGAAAUGUCCACAUUUAGGUGGUCCUCUCCAUUUAGGGGACAUAGAGGAACUCCCUGGGAAUUCCCUGUGUGUGAGGUGUCCUUGGCACAGCUGGAGGUUUGACCUUGACACAGGACAGUUAAAGCAACCUAAGCGGCCAGGUGUUUGUUCCGUUGUCUACCCUGUGAUUGUUAAAGAAGAUGGGGGACUCUUGGUUGGAUUUGAUCAAUUUGAUCCAAAAUAUUUCUCAAUGGAUUCAUCAUUUUGAAAUUAAAGGGGGUGGAGGUUAGAGACUCUAGAUUUAUUCAUUGUUGUACAUCAAGAUGUAUUGGUAUUGUUGAUGUUUGAAUAGGAUAAUUGAUGAUAUAAAUUACUUCUGACCCAGUUUACACUGAUAAGACAGUAUUUUUUUUAUGUUCAAAACUUGUGGAAACACUUUUUUAAAAGUGCAUAAAAUUUAUUUAUAGUUUUCAAAAUACAAGAGGUGUAUUAUGUUUAUAAAGAUUUCUAUUCAAAAUUUUUAUGUGUUAAGUCACUUUUUGUCAUUUUUAUGCCCCCUUUCGAAGAAGGGAGGGCAUAUUGCUUUGCUGCUAUCUGUCGGUCCACUUAGUUUCCAUUCAUUUUCUUCACAAUCGUUGCACAUACUGAAAUAAAAUUUAGUAUACAGAUUUAUCAGGUGAAUAUCUAGGUCAAGUUCUGUUUCGGGUACGAUCGCGCCAUUUUUGACAGAGUUAUGCCCCUUGGACUUGGAAAAAAAUCCAAUUGUUUGCAGUUUCCAUUCAUUUUCUUUGCAGAGGUUGCACAUACUGAAAUGAAAUUCAGUAUACAGAUUUAUCAGAUAAAUAUCUAGGUUAAAUUCUGUUUUGGGUACGUUCGCGCCAUUUUUGACAGUUAUGCCCUUUUUGACUUAGAAAAAUUUCAGUUUGGGGGAGGGGGGCAUAAGUGUUUACAAACAUCUCUUGUUUUUGUUUGUUUUUUGUUCAUACCGGUAAGCACUGUUAAAAUGGCUUUUUUAAUACAUGUACUUGUUUUUCUGUUAAUGGUGUUUUUAAAUGAUUUUUGUAUUAUACUGGACAGUUUUACAGCCAGUGUGUUUUAUUUUAUGUAAAAAAAAACUUUUUUUAUUAUUUGCACUUCAUUUUAAUUUCAUCAAAUAUUUUGAUAAACAAAUCACAAAUUAAACUUUCCACCAUCAUUUUAUAUGGCUUUGAAAAAUUUGUUACUGUGUGUUUUAAAGUUAAUUAUAAAUAUAAUAACUCCAUAUAAAUACACUGUGCAGUGUUUUUUUUUUUUAACAAAUAUUAUUUAAGGUCAUAUUAUUUUAUUUUGAUUUUUACAGCAAAACAAAAUCAUUUGAUAUUAAAUACCAGUAUUGAUUUUAAUCUUUUGACAUUUGCCAUGAUGGUCUUCAGACUGCAGUCUGAUAGUAUUUGUAAAAUUCAAAUGAAGAAAUGUGUGUAUUUUUAAUGUGAUUUUAUGUUAGAUGGUUUCUUUUUAUGUGUUUAUAUGUCAGGUGGUUGGAUAUUUAAUAGUCAGCAUUAUUUACAGUGCUAUAUAAGGAAUAGUUUAUUUGUAUAUUAUUUUAUAUUUCAUAGUCAAAGUGAUAGUUUUAUUUCAAACAUUGUUUUUACGUAAAGCACCUCAAUAAUAAGUAUUGAUUCAGUCAUAAAUAUACAUGUACUGGAUUGCCAAACCCAACUGUAUUUUUAGAACCUGACAGGGAUAUGGAGAUGGCCUACUAAUCACUAUAUUUUCUUUCAGUUUACCUGUUAUAAUUCAUACUGUGAAAGUCUUACAUUUGAUUUUGUGUUUUCUGUUUAGCCCAUUUGGAAAGCAACUUUUUGUUAAAGUCUUGUACAUAUACACAAUAAAUAAGAAUGUUAGGAAAUAAGCUAAAUCAAAUCUAAACUUACUUGUUCAGAAAUAAAUUUCGGUCAGAUAUGGUACAAUUUACAUAAUACAUUUACACUGCUUGUUAUCACUACAAAGCUUGCUUCUCAAAAUUCAAAUUUUUCUUUUUUUCCCAUGAUCAAUUUACAAGCACAAACAUCGAUUUCCUGUAUACAUAGGUCUUUGCAAGACCUGACUUGACAGAUUUUGUUUUUAUGUAGUAGUUUUUCAUAUUUAUCAGUAUUUUACUUAUGGCAUUAUUGUUUAAGAGUUAAAAACAAAACAUUCUUUAGAAAUCAAUAGUUGUUUAUUGAAAGUUGUUUCAAUUUUGAAUAUAGCAUGAAUCUGUUAUCAAAGUAAGUUAAAUGUUGUUCUAAUAGUGCUUUAUUUGAAGAAAAUAUUGAACCUUACCAGUUCAAUUCAAUCUUGGAUUUGACCUCCGGGACAAUUUAAUGAAAAAAAAGUUUUGCAGUCUAAAAAAAGUCAUAAUUUGUUUCAAGCUUUGGAAUAUAUGAAACCAUAACUGUUGAAGCAGUAAUAAAUUGUGUUCUGCAGUUCUA